AUGACGAUGAUGGAUGGAGGAUAUGUAUCCUAUGAAGAUCUGUGUAGACAGCACAUGGAGGCGUUUAUGAACGGAGUCGAAAAAUUCACGAGGGAAACGAAGCUGGGAAAGCGAGUAGCAGAAUGGGAAACGAAGAUUGUACCGGUCUUAGAAGAACAAGAUCGACGUGAAGAAUUUGAUAUUCAUAAAAACAGCGAAGAAUUGAUUGAGGAAUUGAAUGCAAAGGACAAAAAAGAAGCUUCCGUUGCUGAAUUGUCGAAACAAAGAAAACCCUAUGAAGUAUCGAGAAUGUUUGUCUCUCUGCUUCAAAUGGCUAAUGAUGGAACGAUUUUGAUUCAAAACAAGGGAGAAAUGGGAAAUGUUGAAACACGGCUAAUGAACCAUAAAUUGUAG